GUUGACUACAAGUAACGACGGAAACCAUCAAUCAGUUGUGGUGAUCAUAUAAAAGUUAAACAUUGUUUGUGUGUACAGUCUUACAGUCAAUUCCUUUUCACGGCUAUUUUGGUAUACUCGCUCCAUUCUCCAUUCUCAUCAUGUCCUCAUCUACUGGAAAGAGGGUCGUGUUCACAGGUGGAUCAGGCAAAGCAGGAAGGCAUGUCCUACCCGCCUUGAUCCAGCGAGGAUAUGAAGUGCUCAAUCUCGACCUCAUCGAUUUUCCAGACCCUGAUGCAAACAUCUUCACGCUUAAGACCGAUCUCACCGACAGUGGUCAAGUUUUCAAUGCAUUGACUACCCAUUUCAACUUUUCUGGGUAUGAAGGCUCCCAUGUACCAGGGCCACCAGAUGCAGUCAUCCACUUUGCAGCAUAUGCCCGCAAUAUGCUUGUACCGGACAAUGAAUGCUUCAAGGGAAAUGUCACUUCAACCUACAAUGUCAUAGAGGCUGCGUGCAAGCUUGGUGUCCGCAAAAUAAUUAUUGCCUCUAGCGAGACAACUUACGAGGUGUGCUUCGGACAAGGAGAUCUCGACUAUAACGCAUUUCCACUGGACGAGGACGCAGAUGUUAACCCUAUGGAUACAUACGCCAUUUCAAAGCUGUGCGGUGAACGAGUCGCCAGAGGGUUUGCGAGACGAUUCGAUGCAGACAUCUACGCCCUGCGGAUUGGCAAUGUCAUUGAGCCACACGAGUAUGAGCGCGACUUUCCCAAGUAUAUCAGUGACCCACGCUGUCGAAAGCGGAACGCAUGGUCGUACAUUGAUGCCAGAGACCUUGGACAGAUUUGCGAUUUGUGCGUACAGAAGGAUGGAUUGGGGUUCCAGAUAUUCAACGCGACCAAUGAUACCAUCACUGCUACAUUUCCGACACGUCAAUUCUUGGAACAGUGGUGCCCCAAUACACCCAUCACGAGAGAUUUGGAGGAAUGGGAGGCACCAUUGAGCAACCGUAAGAUUCGAGAGGUGUUGGGCUUCAGAGAAGAACACAACUGGCGCCAGUAUUACAAGGCUGAUUGAGCGUGAACUGUGACAUAGAGCAUUGGCAAAUAAUACGUAGCAUUUUACACUUCUCCUCCAAUUUAUUCAUGAUGGUAUUUUGUGAACUGUGACGCCCCUGCAUGGGCGUGAUUGGCGAUGUGAUUGAGAGUGGGGUGUACUCCUCAAGGUCAGGAUGCUCUUUGAAGUGUCGAAAUACGUGUGGAAGACUCGACAUGUUAUGAAAUUUGGUGCAUAUUUGACUC